AUGCCCUCCCAGCUGCUUGAAAACAUAAAUUUCCUCGCGCCAGAGCCUAUACGACUGAUGGAUGAUAGUGAUUCCGACGAUAGCGAUAACAACUGCAAGCAAACGCAUGGGGCUCUCUUGCAGAUUAAAUCAGCGCAUAUCGUCGGCUGCACCACCAUAAAUGCUGACCGGUAUGAUGACAAAUCUUCACAAUGCAAGUUUACUGUCUGGACCAUCGAAGCAGAGUUCCAAACAACUGACACACCUCGUGUCAUCAGACUUUCAAAACGUUACAGCGAUUUUGUCGAUUUCAGGGAACUACUCCUGGCACAUCUACCGACCAGGUUGCAGACUGCAGUUCCAAAACUACCGCCGCAAGUGAAAUGGUACAAUGCAUGGCGGUAUCAGGAUGCCAAUUUCAACAAGCUCUGGCUCUGUCAGAGAAGAGACGGCCUCAAUUACUUCUUGGACCAAGUCCUGUUGAACCACACCGUCGUCUCCCACGCCCCAGCCGUAAUACAGAAGUUUCUGGAAUACAAUGUGGUCCAAAUCCAAACAUCAUGCCCGUCCUCUUCGCGAAUCUACCCACCCACGGCACCCACCGUCAGCCGCAAUAAACCCCGACAAAGAGCGUAA